AAAACAUUGAUUCAAUCCCCUUAAAUUCAGUGAGUCUAAAUAAUUAAGUGGUUAAUCAAAGGUCACUCUCAAAUUCUCCCCUAAGUCAGUCUCUUGAUUUACAUUAAAUUUCAAACCAUUUUUACCAACCAAGUUGUUAUUAAUUAGUUAAUUCAAAAUUAAUACAAUGAAAUAUAAAUAUUUAUGUUCUUUUGAUGAGACAUCUAAUGUGUACAAGCCUCUUACUAUUACUAAAGUGCCAUUAUUAUUUUUCUCAUAAUUUUUUUAGUAUACAUAUUUGUAGUUCCCUGUUGAUGGGACCAAAAGCUUGGAAGUGUUAUAUCAGACGUUAUGCCAUUCAAUUGCUUAUUCUCACUAGUAAAAUGCAUUUUCUGUAAACAAUACAUGUUUACAUAUUUUUUCCAGUUAGGAAAACUUCUAGUAAGAAUACAUGUGGAUGACCUUGCCAAAGACAAGAUGAUGAUGAUGAUAUUGACCUUCUAUGUUGAAUAAAUUGAAAAACUUGUUAAUAAUAAAUUAUGCAAGUCUGCAAAAUAAAAAUAAUACAAGAUUAUUUUAUUUUCAUCCAUCUAUUAGAUAAUUAAUUCAAACAGAACCUAUGAUAUAGUCCAACUUGUUGUUUAUUUGCAUUAAUUUAUUUACAUAAUUUUCAUAUAACUUUAUAUAAUAAUAAUAAUAAUAAGCUUUAUUGUCUAACAGGUAGUCCCAUUUACAAGACAAUACAAUUAACAUAUAAUUAAAGUAUCUAUAUAAAUUAUAAAUAAAGUAAACAAUGUUGUUUCAAUACAAUUAAAACAAUGAUUGAAAAAAUGAUUUAUAAAACAAUGAAAUUGAAACAAUGAUUAAAACAGUGAUUGACGAGUACAAUUAAUAAAUUUGGAUAAAUUUUAAGUAUGGCUGGAAAAACUUUAAUAAAGAACAUUAAAAAUGUACGGCUUCAUUCAUCAACAAUUGAUAAUAAAGAGAUGUUACAUUUUAAAAAAUUUGUUGAUCAGUGGUGGGAUGAAUUUGGAGAAUUGAAACCUCUUCAUGCUAUGAAUAAAAUACGAUUACCUUGGAUUAGAGAAUCUCUUGUAACAUGUAAUAAAAUGGAAGAUCCAUCAUUACCAUUAAAAGGAUAUACAAUAUUAGACGUAGGUUGUGGAGGAGGUAUUCUAAGUGAACCUUUGGCAAAGGUAGGAGCCAAUGUAACCGGUCUAGAUGCUAAUGUAGACCUUAUAAAUUCAGCCAAAGUACAUGCGAAUCUUCACAAAGUCAAUGUUAAUUAUGUAGCAUCAUCAGUAGAAGAUCAUGUCCAGGAUAACUUUGAAAAAUAUGAUGCAGUUAUAGCCUCAGAAGUAAUAGAACAUGUAACAAAUAAACAAGAAUUUCUUAAGGCAUGUGUACAGUGUCUGAAACCAAAGGGUUCAAUAUUUUUAACUACUAUCAAUAAAACGUGGCAAGCAAAUUUGGCAACAAUAUCCUUAGCAGAGAAUGUUAUAAAUGCGAUACCCAAGGGAACACAUCAAUAUGAGAAAUUUGCAACUCCACAUGAAUUACAACGCAUAUUAGAAGAAUAUAAUUGCAGAACAGAAGUUGUCCAUGGUACAAUGUAUAACUUUCUAACCAACACUUGGCACUGGUGGUUCAAUCCUUCAAUCACUUAUGCAAUGCGAGCUGUUAAAUUGGAUAAAUAAGAAUUAUUGUUAUUGUUAAUAGAGUGAUAUUGCAAGUUCACUUAAGGUUAGUCACUAUUAGCGCCGCCAUUAUUUUGACAUCUGAGCAUGCGCAAAUCGUUUUAGACUUUAUUAAAGAUAGUGCCAGUCCUUAAUUAUGGAUGUUCAACGGCAGCAAAUAGUGGCGACUUUAUAGCUUUCGGGUGCACUCGCCAACAUUCGUAUCAGUUCGAAAUUUUCUAUUAUAUAUUUAAUAUUAAAAUCCUCUAAAUCGCCUAAAAAGGCCAUUUAUUAUACCUCUUCUGUAUUAUGUACUAUUAUAGACAAUAACAAAAAUGAACUAUAAUUUAAAGUUUUUAAAAUGAGGUUAGGAAUAAGUAGGUAUAAGGACAAGGAUUCUAAUGUCAAAACUUCAUGUUUGUAAUAAGUCUGAUUUUAGCAUGUAAUUUAUUUGACUCCAAUUGUGUUGUCACUAUUAGUGGCUGGCGUUAUAGAAAUUUGCAAUAUCUCUCAAUAUAUUUUAUUUUACCUGUUUAAUAUUUCGUUUUUCUUUAUGUGUUUUUUUUUUUUCAUACAUAGUGUUUUUUAUAUGUAUAGAAAAACGAAGGCUUCUCCUUGGCUGAAGAGGCGAUAACGGCACAGAAAAUAAAAGUUUUAACUUGGUAACAUUCCUUAUUUUGCUUUAAUGUUUCCAAAUAUUUUCUCCAAAAGCAUUUUUUUUUAUCUUUAUCUAUUCUUUUCCACCACAAUAUAAACAGUCGUCAAAACAGAUACGAAACCUAUUUUUCUAGGCAUAAUUUUGCGGCGAGAACAAGAUACGUGAGGUUCUAGAGUGAUUGAGAGUCGAAACAUCCCUAAAAAUGCAAAAACAUAUCCUUCGGUGUUUUCGGAAUAAACUAUUCCUGGACGCUUUGCUUUCUUUUUCCUUUUAUGGAGGAAAAUGGGAAUCAAACUUAAAAUUACGGCAUUGCAACGGAGUAUCUGAUCAUGCAGCUGCCGCGAGCAUUCUAUAAGAUAUUGGGUUGGUAAACAGUAACAGAUACUUCCUAAGUAGUCGAUCGGUGUAAAAGAAGGGAAAAUAGUCAUAAUAGAAGUAUUUUACAGGCAGAAAGUAAGCAGGAUUCAAAUAACGUACGAAUUAUGUAUUUGAAUGUUAACAAUACUUUAAUUAUCGUCGAACAAAAAAAAGAUUCAAGAACCUUUCCGCCAUCUUAGACCGUCAGAUAGUGACUGAUUUAGGUGUCCCAUUUUCGCAUACAAGCCUCGAAGAGGGUUGAAAGUACAUCGAUGUUAAGUAGAAUGAAAGAAAAUUUACGAGUGACCUCUGGGGAUAACAUAUGCAAAAUUCGAUUUUCCUUAAUAGAAAUAAAAGGUGUUUUUUUGCUCAUAUUUCCACGCAAGCCGUGACCACUGAAUGAUUAAUUCAAAGAAAUUGACUUCGGAAAACCAAAGGCUUGACUGUUGAAAUAAGGGUGUAAUCUUGUAAAGAAAAAUCGACAUUUUAACCGAUUUUUCCACAGUAGCCCGUCGAAAGUAUGAAAACAUACAUCGUCACUAGCCCGAAAAACAUAUUGGCUUGAGUGGCGCGAAUGGAUAAGUCCAUUUUGGAGUUGCCUAUAAAAAAAUAAUGGCUUGAAUGUAGAGCGUGGUCUUCAAAUUUUCAGAACAUAGGAAAGUUGCUGGAAAAAUGUUUGCAAAUUGCCACCAUUUUCUCACGCAAGCCGUUUGACAUAUGCUUAGAAAAAGUGAUUUUAAGACUAUAUAACAAAAGGCUUGAUAGUAUAUUAUUCAAGGAAAGUGAUAUCUAUCUUUUUUAUAUUUUAGGUGUAAAUUUUAAUAUGAAUUUUGUGCUGAAGAAACAUUGUUUAUUUUAUAGAAAAAUGUAUAGGUAUUGAUAAGGGAAAUUCCCAGAUAACGAAAUUUAAAAUUAAAAUGUCAAAAUUGAAGUUAGCAAAGCUGGACGGUUUAGAGUCUAGAACAAUUUUAUUGUGAAAUUAUCAAGGUUGUUGUUAUUUUUGGAUUUUGAACACUGAUCUAUAUUAUUUUACUGGAUAGGAUAUAGGCUAUAUUUAAAAUACUAAAAAUCCGUUCCACCAAGGAGACCGGAAGUGCAACACUGCUGGCCGAUUUGGGCAAAUUAUGGUGGGAUCACAUAACUGAAUUUUGCGAUAAUUUGACAUACCUAACCUAUAAUUUGAUUAGAUUUUCUUCUUAUUCUUCUUCUAUUUCUUUUGCGGGCAAUGUCCUUUGGGACAAUUCACCCCUAAUUUGAUUUUUUUAUGAAAGAAAAUAUAAAAAUGGAAACGUGAAGCAUAUUGUGUCUUCACGAAAAUAGUAAUGCUAUUCGAUACUACCUAAAUAAAUAAAAAAUACAUCUCAUCGUAACUUGUUGACACAAUUAAAUGACAAAUGUGAUGACAACUGGAAAUAGAGGUUAUGUUAAAUAACAUCCGGUCCGCCAUAUUAUUUGCCCAAAUCGACCAAUUUUUUGGAACGUUUUUUAGAGGGCUAUAUCCUAUCCAGUAAAAUAAUACAGAUCAGUGAUUUUGAAUAGGAGAGAUUGUCAUAAAAUUUAGAGGAUUGUCAUGAAUUUUUUUAAGAAAUGUCAAGGGGGAAAAUGAAUACUAUAUUAGAGUAAUGAAGUAUUGUUAAUGAUUGGAAGAUUAUAAUAAAGAAUAAUACAAAAGGUAAAAAGAAAAGAAAAUUUUAUUUAAAACUCCUGAAUCAAAAGAAAAGGAUUCGGUAAGGGUAACAGAUAAGCAGACAUUUAAAGAAAAAAGCACACAGGCAAAGAUAUAGCAUACAGGUAGAGACACAGAGACAAAGGACACCAAGCAGCGACAGGACAAAAGCAACAGCAUUAGCAGGACGAAUACAACAGCAGGGGCAGAACAGCCAGGGCAGAGAAAUAGAAGAUUUUUUGUAAUUUAAUUGAUUUUUAUUUAUUUUUAUACAAAAUUUAUAAUUUUUCUAGAUUUUGAACCCG